AUGGUUGCUAUCCACCGCUUUGCCAUUGCUGGCCUUGUUGCAUCGUCUUCGGCCUUUGUUAUUCCUUCUCUUGACUCCUUUUUGGAUUCGGUGGGGAAUGCUGUUUUUUCCGAAAAGAAGAACCCAGACUCGCCAAAGAUCAUUAACACUUUCCCCACACCAGACGACAGACCCGUUCCAGGAAAUGCGCCAAUCAUUAACUGUGAGAGCUCUUCUCCGCAGAUUCUAGACUUGCAAAACGUUGUCAUUGACCCGAACCCACCAAUUAAGGGCGAGAACCUCACAUUCUCUGCUGUUGGUUUUUUGACUGAGGAUAUUGAGGAAGGCGCCUACGUCGACGUGGAUGUUCGAUAUGGUUUCAUUAAGUUGAUUCAUCAAACCUUUGACUUGUGUGAGGAGGUCAAGAACGUUGAUCUCGAGUGCCCAAUUAAAAAGGGUGAAAACAUCAUCUCCAAACUGGUGGAAAUCCCUGCAGAGGUACCUCCUGGAAAAUACGUGGUCAACGCUAGAGCCUAUUCUAAGGAUGAUAAGUUGAUUACUUGCUUGACGGCCACAGUUGAAUUUCCUGCAACCAAGUGA